AUGACAGCGACAACAAACGACAAUGAGUAUGACUGUGACAACAACAACGGCUGUGAAAAAUUCUACAUUACUCGUGCGCUCGACUAUGACUGCCAUGUGCAGCAACAGGACAUCCCACAAGCCAUACAACUGCUCGGCGAGAUGAACAGCAAUGUGAAACAAGUCACCGAUCUAGUCGAAAGCAUGUUGCAACGCGUCAAACGCGGCGAACUAACCACAGAAUACGGCCUGAGCUUUCUCGAAGUYAAAUAUCACAUGUUGCUCGAUUAUUUGAUAAAUCUAACUUAUGUAGUGUUACGCAAAUGCUCCGGCGAGACUAUCGAAGGUGAUCCAUCCAUUGAACGAUUAAUCGAAAUACGCACAGUUUUGGAGAAAAUACGACCAAUCGAUCAUAAGUUGCGCUAUCAGAUCGAUAAGCUAGUGAAGACAGCCACCACCGGCGUAUCGAGUAGUUCCGAUCCGAUUUUGUAUAAGCCCAAUCCAGAUAAUAUGCUCACAAAUGCUGGCGGUGAKGACGAUGCCGAUGAGGAUGAUGAAGACGCAAGCGAAAAUUCGGCAUCCGAAAGCGAUGGYGAUGAUGAGGAGGGCGAGGCUGGCGUGAAGAAACCMAAAAAGGGCGCUACAGCGGGUAAAACUGGUAUCUAUGUGCCGCCCAAAAUUAAGCCAGUCUACUAUGAUGGCGAUGAGAAAUCUGCAGAUAAGGAUAAGAAGAUGAUAGAGCGUGCCAAGAAGCGUGCCAUCACUGCUUCGAUGUUGCAAGAUUUGAARGAAGAAUAUCUCGACGCACCUACCGAACUAUCAUCCGGCUCACGCGCCCAACAACUGCUCUCCAAACAACAGAAAGAGAAACAAGAAUAUGAGGAGACCUACUUGACACGUCUGCCGGUGACCAAAGCGGAAAAGCAUCGUCAACGCAAGUUGACCACUCUAGCCACACUCGGCGAUGAGAUACUCGGUGAAAUUAGCCGCGAUCCGGCGUUGCGUGGUGAGGGCUCCAGUGGUGGCAGUAAAAAACGUAAAUUGAAGGGCAAAGGUAAAAAGCGUGGUGGCAAGAAGCGGAAGUUCCAUUAAAGCAAAGAGCACGUAAGAUGAAUGCGCGCGUAUAUAAGARCAGAACAACAUAUACGUACACACUGAUAUUGUAUGAGAAGAGUAAAAUUAAGCAAGUAAAAGCAAACAACAACAAAAAAGAAAAAA